AUGUCAGAAAUUAAGUCUGUGAAGGACAUCAAAGUCUCUUUGGAUGAUGAAAAGGCAGUCAUUGAUUAUUACCAUGACACAACUAACCCCCAGGAAUUAUGUGAAAUUAUUAAAAACCUGGGGUAUCAUGCAUCAAUAGCAGAGGAAGGCAGCCCCUCCAAAACUCUUACAACAGAUAAUAUUGCUAUCGAUCUCAGCAAUACGAUGGUUCAUUUCAAUACAAAUGAUGAACAAUUAGAAGAAGAGGAGUAUGAAAAAUGCUUCAUCAAAGUGACUGGAAUGACAUGUGCUUCUUGUGUAUCACUCAUCGAGAAAAACCUCUCCAAGGUGGAUGGUAUCAAACAUGUGUUGGUAGCACUAAUGGCUCAGAAGGCUGAAGUCAAAUAUGAUCCUUCUUACAUAUUCCCAUCACAGAUUGCAAAUAAAAUUCAAGAUCUUGGGUUUGGUACUAGUCUUCUUGAUUCAGAGUCAAUGGGACAGUCAACGGUAGAGUUGAAUAUCUCCGGAAUGACCUGUUCAUCUUGUGUUCAUCUCAUCGAAUCAACAUUGUUGAAAAAGAAGGGCAUCAUUUCUGCUUGUGUUGCCUUAGCAACAUCCAAAGGCAAAUUUGUUUAUGACACUGAAAUGACAGGUACUCGUGACAUCAUUGACAUUAUCAAGGGUCUUGGUUUUCAGGCAUCUUUACUUAGUGAAAGUGAUGACAGAGCAGCUCGUGGCAAUUCAUUCCUUUGGUCUUUACUAUUUGGCCUUCCUGCAAUGAUUAUUACAAUUUACUUCAUGGCCUCAAUGCCUGAUCAUGAUACACCAUAUCAUCCCUCCAAUUCAACCACAAAUGUCACGACAGAACCUCCCAGAAAGUUUUCCACACAAAAAGGCACGAUAAUGAUCAUUAAUGGUUUAUCUUUGGAAAAUCUGCUUAUGUUUUUGUUGGCUGCUGCUGUUCAGUUCAUGGGAGCUCGUUACUUUUAUGUCCAGGCUUUUAAAGCCAUCAAGCAUGGUGCUGCUAAUAUGGAUGUGUUAGUUUGCUUAGCCAUCAGCAUCUCCUUCCUCUAUUCUACAAUAGUUGUUAUAGCAGCAAUCAUCCUCAGGGAACCAUUUAGUCCUGUUACGUUCUUUGAAACAACGCCGAUGUUAGUCUUAUUUGUAUCUCUUGGACGUUGGCUGGAACAUAUUGCCAAGGGUAAAACAUCAGAAGCGAUUGCGAAGCUUUUAUCAUUGCAAGCAUCUGAAGCCAUUUUAGUUUGUAUGAAAGACGGACAAAUUAUCAGUGAAGAAGUACUAAAUGUUGAUUUAGUCCAAAGAGGAGAUAUUCUUAAGGUAUUGCCUGGAGAAAAGGUCCCAGUAGAUGCUCGAGUGAUUGAAGGCAUGUCAUCUUGUGAUGAAUCUUUGAUUACAGGGGAAUCAAUGCCAGUUACCAAAAAACCAGGCACAACAGUGAUUGGAGGUUCAUUGAAUCAAAAUGGAUUAUUGCUUAUUGAGGCUACACAUGUUGGUACUGACACGACUCUCUCCCAAAUUGUUAAGUUGGUUGAGGAAGCACAAACAUCUAAGGCUCCCAUACAACAACUUGCUGACAGAAUAGCUGGAUAUUUUGUGCCAAUGGUGGUUGGUGUCUCAACGUUGACAUUGUUAGCAUGGUUGGCUGUUGGGUACCAUGAUCCCACAUUAAUUGAUAAAAACUUUAAGGAAGGUGGCUAUUUGACAAAGCAUGAAUUAAUAUUCCAGUAUGCAUUUCAGUACGCUAUCACUGUACUGAGUAUUGCAUGCCCUUGUGCUUUGGGCUUAGCUACCCCCACUGCUGUGAUGGUGGGCACUGGUGUUGGGGCUACAAAUGGUAUUCUCAUCAAGGGUGGAUCUCCCUUGGAGAUGACAAGGAAGGUGAAAAAUGUUGUCUUUGACAAAACAGGCACAAUCACUCAUGGUACACCACGUGUUUCUCGAGUGAGGAUAUUUGUCGAGAACCAUGUGUGUUCAUUUACAAAACUGAUAGCCAUUGCUGGAACGGCAGAGACCAGUAGCGAGCAUCCAAUUGCUGCUGCCAUUGUAAACUAUGCCAAACAGACAUUGAAAAAAGAUCUUUUGGGCCAAGUUACCAACUUCCAGGCAGUUCCAGGUUGUGGUCUUCAUUGCAAAGUCUCUCAAGUGGAAUCUUUGUUGUCCAACAUCGAUAUUGAAGGAGUACGAAACCGUAAGAAUGUAUUUGGCAGUUUGAAGGUACGCGUUGAUAACAUGGCUGGUAGCAUUAGAAGCAAUGCACCCAUCAUUGAAGAUAUGUCUGUACUUGGUGCUUCGGCAACGCAAAGUUAUGAUGUUUUGAUUGGUAAUCGGGAAUGGAUGAUGAGGAAUGGUCUUGAAGUUACAGAUCAUGUCAACCAAUCUAUGGAAGAACACGAAGAACAAGGACAUACUGCUGUUUUAUGUGCUAUUGAUGGUGUCUUGGUUGCCAUGCUGGCUGUAGCAGACACAGUAAAAUCUGAGGCUCAUUUGGCCAUCAGCACACUCAAAGAGAUGGGACUGCAAGUUACCUUACUUACUGGGGAUAAUCAGAAAACAGCCAGGGCUAUUGCUGAGCAAUUUUCUUUUGAUUCUCCCUCUCUUUCAUAUGUUUCCCUUUGUGUAUGUGUCUCUCUUUUGUGUGUUUCCCUUUGUCUAUGUGUCUCUCUUUUGUGUGUUUCCCUUUGCGUAUGUGUCUCUCUUUUGUGUGUUUCCCUUUGCGUAUGUGUCUCUCUUUUGUGUGUUUCCCUUUGCGUAUGUGUCUCUCUUUCCUGUGUUUUCCCUUUGUUUCCUCUUUUCCUGUGUUUCCCUUUGCGUGUGUCUCUCUCUUUCCUGUGUGUUUCCUUUUGUUUCCCUUUGCGUAUGUGUCUCUCUUUCCUUUGUUUUUCCUCUUAUUCAUUUCCCUCUCUCUCUUAUUCUUUCCCUUUGUGUUUCCCUUUCAUUUCCACUUGUGUAUGUUUCUCUCUCUAUUCAUUUCCCUUUGUGUAUGUCUCUCUCUUUCCUGUGUUUCCCUUUCUAUUCAUUUCCCCUUGUGUAUGUUUCUCUCUCUAUUCAUUUCCCCUUGUGUAUGUCUCUCUCUUUCCUGUUCAUUUCCCUUUGUGUAUGUUUCUCUCUCUAUUCAUUUCCCUUUGUAUGUCUCUCUCUUUCAUUUCCCUUUGUGUAUGUUUCCUCUCUAUUCAUUUCCCCUUGUAUGUGUCUCUCUUUUUUCCCCUUGUGUGUUUCCUAUUUUUCUCUCUCUAUUCAUUUCCCCUUGUAUGUUUCUCUCUCUAUUCAUUUCCCUUUGUGUAUGUUUCUCUCUCUAUUCAUUUCCCUUUGUGUAUGUUUCUCUCUCUAUUCAUUUCCCUUUGUGUAUGUUUCUCUCUCUAUUCAUUUCCCUUUGUGUAUGUUUCUCUCUCUAUUCAUUUCCCCUAUUCAUUUUCCCUUGUGUAUGUUUCUCUCUCUAUUCAUUCCCCUUUUCCCCUUGUGUAUGUUUCUCUCUCUAUUCAUUUCCCCUUGUGUAUGUUUCUCUCUCUAUUCAUUUCCCCUAUGUGUAUGUUUCUCUCUUUCUAUUCAUUUCCCCUCUCUGUGUAUGUUUCUCUCUCUAUUCAUUUCCCUUUGUAUGUUUUCUCUCUAUUCAUUUCCCCUUGUGUAUGUUUCUCUCUCUAUUCAUUUCCCCUUGUGUAUGUUUCUCUCUCUAUUCAUUUCCCUUUGUGUAUGUUUCUCUCUCUAUUCAUUUCCCUUUGUGUAUGUUUCUCUCUCUAUUCAUUUCCCCUUGUGUAUGUUUCUCUCUCUAUUCAUUUCCCCUUGUGUAUGUUUCUCUCUCUUCAUUUUCAUUUCCCCUUGUGUAUGUUUCUCUCUCUAUUCAUUUCCCCUUGUGUAUGUUUCUCUCUCUCUUUCCCCUUGUGUUCUCUCUCUUUCAUUUCCCCUUGUGUAUCUUUCUCUCUUUCCCCCCAUCAUUUUCCCUCUUUCAUUUCCCCUUGUGUAUGUUUCUCUCUCUAUUCAUUUCCCCUUGUGUAUGUUUCUCUCUCUAUUCAUUUCCCUUUGUGUAUGUUUCUCUCUAUUCAUUUCCCCCCAUUCAUUUUCCCAUUUGUGUAUGUUUCUCUCUCUAUUCAUUUCCCUUUGUGUAUGUUUCUCUCUAUUCAUUUCAUUUCCCUCUUUCAUUUCCCCCCAUGUUUCUCUCUCUCUCUUUCAUUUCCCCUUGUUUCUCUCUCUAUUCAUUUCCCCAUUUCUCCCCAUUCCCCAUAUGUUUCUCUCUCUAUUCAUUUCCCCUUGUGUAUGUUUCUCUCUCUUCAUUCAUUUCCCCCCCUUGUGUAUGUUUCUCUCUCUAUUCAUUUCCCCCCCUUAUGUAUGUGUAUGUUUCUCUCUCUUUCAUUUCCCCCAUGUGUAUUUUCUCUCUAUUCAUUUCCCUUUGUGUAUGUUUCUCUCUCUAUUCAUUUCCCCUUGUGUAUGUUUCUCUCUCUAUUCAUUUCCCCUUGUGUAUGUUUCUCUCUCUAUUCAUUUCCCCUUGUGUAUGUUUCUCUCUCUAUUCAUUUCCCCUUGUGUAUGUUUCUCUCUCUAUUCAUUUCCCCAUGUGUAUGUUUCUCUCUCUAUUCAUUUCCCUUUGUGUAUGUUUCUUUUUCUUUCUCCAUGCAUUUCUCACUGUCUUUUACCUUCUUCUCUAUUUCCUCUCCAUUCAUUUCCCUUUGUCUCUCUCUAUUCAUUUCCCCUUGUUUCCCCCCCCUGUAUGUUUCUCUCUCUAUUCAUUUCCCCAUGUGUAUGUUUCUCUCUCCAUGUGUUGUUUCUUUUCUUUCUCCAUGUUUCCUUCUUCUCUCUAUGCAUUUCUCCUUGUGUAUGUUCCCCUCUCUCUCAUCCUACAUGCAUUUCUCUGUUUCUACUGGUAUCACAACUGUUUUUGCUGAAGUGCUGCCUUCUCACAAAGUAAAGAAAAUAAAACAAUUGCAAAAGUCAAAUGUGAAAGUUGCUAUGAUUGGUGAUGGCGUAAAUGACUCACCUGCACUUGCCCAGGCAGACGUUGGCAUUGCAAUCGGUUCUGGAACUGAUGUAGCUGUUGAAGCUGCAGACAUCGUCCUCAUUAAUAACAAUCUUUUGGAUGUUGUUGCUGCCAUCAAAUUAUCAAAACAAACUGUGAGACGGAUUCGGAUCAACUUCUUUGCAGCAUCAAUUUAUAACUUAAUUGGCAUUCCAAUUGCUGCUGGUGUGUUCAUGCCUUUAGGCCUCUCCUUGCGGCCUUGGAUGGCUUCAGCAGCCAUGGCCUUAUCAUCAGUUACUGUUGUGUCAUCUUCACUGUUGCUCAAAAUGUUCCGCAAGCCAACCAAAAACGAAUUACGCACCCCAGAAUAUUUCCGUAAAUACUGCAACAAGACAGUAGAAAAUGUCUCUGUGCAUCGUGGAGUUGAGGAAGACCAUUCCAGUCCCCGGGGAAGUCGACAGAGCAGCAUUCUGUCUCGGCUCAGUGGCAAAUCCAAAAAGCCGUCAAUGGCCGAAGCCAGCUUACUUGAGCUUGACCCUGCCCAAGAUAUUGAAGCUUAA